GAAGUCACUCUGCUUUCACUAGCGGUCCCAUAUAUACCACUAGGGACUAGCUUGGACUGUAUGCCACCAUACAGGGGCAAAAGAUGGACGCAAGUGGGGACUUUGAAUUGGCAAAAAGGAAAGCUCGGUUUCCUUCUGUAAAGUUGGGCAUGAUGUCAAAAGAUGACUUAUUUGUUCCAGAAGAAGAUAACAGUUUAUAUUUCACAUACUCUGGAGCUCCAAAUGUCCUGGAGGUGAAAGAACUAUGUUACCAGGUUAAUUUAAAUGCUCAGAUUCCGUGGUAUGAGAAAUUAGCAGAAUUUAAAAUGCCUUGGAAUUGGAAUAAAGGCACCCAAACCUCAGCUAUGUCAAAUCUGAAUUUGAAAGUCAGCAGUGGUCAGAUGUUGGCUGUCAUCGGAAACUCUGGGUGUGGAAGAACAACUUUACUGGACAUCAUUACAUGUAAAGAUGAAGGAGGAAAAAUUAAAUCAGGGGAAAUUCUCAUCAAUGGGAAGCUGACCACUAAGCAUUUGGUAAAGAAAUGUGUUGCUCACGUGAGACAGGAUGAUCAACUCUUGCCGCACCUCACUGUCCGAGAAACAUUACUUUUUGUUGCCAAACUUCGUCUUCCCAAAUCGUAUUCAGAACAGCAACGGCAAAAACGAGUGGAAGAUGUCAUCGCAGAACUUAGGUUACGGCAAUGUGCAAACACUAAAGUAGGAAAUGAGUACACCCGAGGAGUAUCUGGUGGAGAAAGGAGAAGAGUCAGCAUUGCAGUACAACUACUGUGGAAUCCCGGUAUUUUGAUACUGGAUGAGCCCACGUCUGGUUUGGACAGCUUUACAGCACACAACCUUGUGAUAACCUUAUCUAGGCUUGCCAGAGGAAACCGAUUGGUUUUAUUAUCUAUCCAUCAGCCUCGAUCUGAUAUAUUCCAACUCUUCGAUCUAGUUCUCCUUCUCUCAUCGGGGACCACAGUCUACUCUGGAACUGCAAAAGACAUGGUUCAAUAUUUCUCAUCUAUAGGUUAUCCAUGUCCCAGAUACAGUAACCCAGCAGAUUUUUAUGUUGAUCUGACCAGCAUCAAUCAUCGAACCAAAGAGGAAGAAAUGGAAUCUUUGGAGAGGACCAGGUCUCUGGCAGAGAUUUUCUGGCAAAAAGUCAAAGACAUUGAUGAUUUCCUGUGGAAAGUCAAUGAUGGAAAUCGGGAGAUUACAUCCAGUGAGACGUGCUCCAACAUCAGCACCUCUGCUUUGGAAAAAGUGAUAAAGAUUGAUGCACAUGAAAAGGAUGAUCUGCCUAAAGGAAUUCACCAAUUCUCUGUAUUGCUAAAUCGUCAUGUGUCCAAUGAUUUACGGGAUCUCACCACAUUGCUUAUUCAUGGCUUUGAGGCUGUUUUAAUGGCACUGUUAAUUGGAUUUUUAUACUAUGGACAUGUAAAGAACAUGCUUUCAAUACAAGACACAAUUGCACUUCUCUUCAUGAAAGGGUCACUUACUCCCUUUGCUGUUGUCCUUGAUGUGGUUGCAAAAUGUCAUUCAGAGAGAGCAAUGCUUUUCCAUGAACUGGAAGAUGGAUUAUAUUCUGUUACCCCAUAUUUUUUUGCUAAGGUCAUCGGAGAGCUCCCGGAGCACUUUGCAUUUGUUGUUUUCUAUAGUGUUCCGAUAUACUGGCUGGCAAACCUGAACCCUGAGCCGGAAGUCUUCCUCCUGAACUUCCUACUGAUGUGGCUGAUGGUGUAUUGUAGUCGCACCAUGGCUCUCUGGAUGUCAGCCCUCUUACCCACAUUACAGAUGUCUUCCUUUAUCAGUAAUGCCUUGUUUACUGCUGCUUAUCUGACUGGUGGCUUCAUCAUCAGGCUGGACAACCUUUGGACAGUACCUUUCUGGAUCUCUUAUGUCUCAUUCCUCCGCUGGGGUUUCGCAGGACUGAUGCAGGUUCAGUUUACAGAUAUGACGUAUGAGGUGAAAGUUCAAAAUAUCUCCAUCAAGAUUCCAGGCGAAUUGAUUAUCCAAAGUAUGGAUGCGGACACAUACCCUCUCUAUGCAUCUUAUCUUGUACUCAUUGGGAUAAGUGCUGGAUUUCUUCUGCUGUAUUUCCUAAGUCUUAAGUUCAUCAAGCAAAAAUCAAGCCAGGACUGGUGACAACCUAGAAAUGAGCCACCUUCAUGGACAUGGAUACAUGUAAAAGAAUACAAACACUUUGUGUCAUUGUUUAUCUACUUCUAUCACCAUCAGCUGACGCCCUUAUCUGCUUUUGGAAUCUUCAUAUCUUUACCUUGGGGAUCCUGACAAAAAGGAAAGAGUUCGGUUAAACUAAAUUGUCAGGGUUCUAACGGGCCCAAAUACUAUUCCUGUAGUGGAUGGAGAGGUUUAGCUCAGAGAGCUACAAAUAAAAUUAAGAUUUGUUAUUCAGGCCAAAUCUCCUUAAUGUGAAUAAAGAAUUUAUGUUUCAUUGUUCAGAAGACAAUCCUAAAUUUCUAUGUAAAUUCUUCACUUAUCCUUGUUGAAUUUCACUGUGUUUUUUCCAUUACAAUUAUUAAGUGGAAUAUUGCAAAUUUACUACGUACCUUUAAUGCACAGGUUGCUAUUAUCGUAAGUUACUGAAGAAAGUAAACAUUUCCAUUCAAAUAUUCCAUAACGUCCACAAAUCUUUUGAAAUGUCAUAAAAGAAUUAAAGUAAAUAAUGGAAAUGUUCAU